CUUCUCGUCGUAAGCGUUUUGAGCCGUUUUCUUCAACAGAACGCUUUCGGGAUACCUUGCUAUUCAAUCGUUCUGCGUCGAGGUCUUCACGCAGUGACUCGUUAGCCAGCUUACGUAGUACCAUCGAUCCUAUGAUUACGCCCCCAACAGGUCAAACUUCGAGUUACAAUCGUAGUGAUCCAUUCUCAAGUCGACGUAUUCACCACGGGGUGCUGUCCAAUCAUUCUAGCUUAAAAUCAUCACAUCGUAACCCGUUAUCUAACAUGCGUCCUUACAAUGAUCAUUUAGUAACCCCCGCUACAGGCCAAUCUUCAAUGCCGCUUAAAAUUAGCAAAGACACACAAGCCGACGAAAAUACAUCGGAUUCCAAGGGUUCUGAUGCUUUAAUUACAUUUAGUAAACAUAAUAAUGAACCGCCAUCUUUAACAACAGAAGGGCUCGAGUUAGUGAGCACAGCAGAUAUGUCUCAACUCGGUGACAAUAGAGGCGACAUUUGUGAUGCAGACUCAAAUAACAGUGAAGACGGCGAUGAGGCAGGAGACGCCACGCUGUUGAACGAUUUUUCGCUUUUUGAAUAUUUCCAAUCUUACCAUCACGAAACAUUGAUAAAUGAAACUGAUUCCACUGAUAUCUCUGAUGAAGAGGAACUAGGUUUAGGAUUCAAAGAAUUCGAGGCGCCAUCCAGCAAGAAAAGAGAUUCAAAUUCAAAGAAUAAAGAUCUGAAAGAGCGGGGAUUGGAGUAUACUCGUUCUAAUGGCAAGAAAGCACCAGCUCGAAGCAUCAAAGCGCCGUGCGAAUGUUCGAAAAUGGCCUGUCAUUUGAAGUACAACGCUGAUAUGCGCGAGAAAAUGCUAAAAAGCUUGCUCCAGCUAAAAUCAUCAGGCCAAAACCAGUUCCUCAGUUCGCAUAUCGAUAUAAAAUAUGCGGCCAAGCAUCGAGUGAGCAAAUUGCAAUUCAAUAUAUGUAGUAUUAAUAUUACCAAUUCCGUUGGCUUUUAGGUUUUGAACUCACAAAGAAAAUUCACCUUUAAUUAUUUUUUACCCGGUGUCGGAGGAAGAGUACGUAUUUGUAAGAAAAUGUUCCUCUCAACAUUCGACAUUAAAGAGAAGAAGGCCAGAGUUCUAGCUCAAAAGCUGGUAAGAGGUUCGGGAAUUUGCGCUGAAGACAAGAGAUCGGAGUUUUCAAGCCAUAUAACGAUAGGCCAGGAAACACGUCAUUACAUCGAAGAACACA